AUGAUUGAUGAGAAGCUAUCCUAUCGCGAACACCUCGAAAGUGCAUGCAAGAAAGCCAGCAAGACCGUAUCCAGCCUAUCAUGGAUCCUGGCCAUCUCGAUAGGACCACGAACCAGGAAAAGCCGAGUCCUGCUUGAGCACUCUAUACUGCUUUAUGGAGCAGAAAUAUGGGUGGACGUCCUGAAGCAGAAAACAUAUCGGCGAAAGGUAGCAGCGGUGCAGCGGAGAGGCGCUCUCAGGGUUGCCUGCGCAUACCGCACCGUCUCCGAAGCAGCAGUACUGGUGAUUGCAGGAGCUGCACCUAUCGACUUAUUGGCGUUUUAA